UGGUGAUGUAUCAUAGUUGUUUGGUUUAGUAAUAUAACCUAAAAUUUUCCUAACCUCUUAAAAUAUAUAUUUUUAUAAGUGCCGAAUAUUGGCAUCCGCGAUGAAUAAAAACAAAAAGAAAAUUUCGCAAAAUGAACUAAGACGUAUAAUGAAUGAAAAAAAACUAAAAUUGGCGCAGACAGUGAAGAAAAUUGAUUCACCUCUUGCAAAGUACGUGGACGGCCGGCUGACGUGCCUCCUGUGCGACCUGGAGGUGCGCAGCGAGGCAGUGUGGGGCGCGCACAUCAACGGCAGGGCGCACCGCGACAACAUCGCGGCGGCCCGGUGGCGCAAGGAGGACGCCUCCCGGGACCACUCGGCCGUCCCGCCCAAGCCCCCGCCGCCCCCGCCGCUCGGCAAGAGGCCCGCGGCCCCGCAGCCCCGGCCCCCGGCCAAGAGGGUCCGAGGCAUCCUCAAGAACAGCCAGGAGCCCCCCAACGUGCCGGUGGGGUUCUUCGACGACGAGCAGUUCCCGGGCUUCACCUCGGUGAGGCCGGCCGCCCCGGACUCCAGCGAGGACGAGGACCCCGGUGCCCCGGCGGUUGCGCGCAUCAACCCCGACGACCCUCUGCCUGAAGGCUUCUUCGACGACCCGCUCCUGGACGCCAAGGCCCGCCACGUGGAGUACAAGGACCCGGUCCAGGAGGAGUGGGAGAAGUUCCAGCGCGAGAUGAAGGAGGAGACGACGGUGUCGGCCCAGAUCAUCGCCGAGGACCAGGAGGAGGCGACGGCCGAGCGCCAGCUGGACGAGAUCGACGAGCAGAUCCGCAACUGGAGCCGGGUGCUGGACCUGGAGCGGAAGAAGGAAGAGGUAGCCCGAUCGGCCAGCGUCAAGGCCAGCGCCUUGGACGACGACGGCGGUUCGAGCGCGGACGAGGCAGAGUUCGACGAGUACCUGGACUGGCGGGCCAAGAAGUCGUUCAACUAGGGAGCGCGUGCGGAUGCUGCUCUUGGAGCCCGGAGCUCUGCUGAAGGGCGCGCCUCCCGUUUCGUGUCAUGAUUUUAUAUUUAUAUCAAUCACUGAUCAACUUUUAGACUUUUUCAAUUAUUUAAUUUUCACUAAAUGAAAAAUUUAUACAGCGCAUAUUUUUUGCAUAAUUAGCUGCCAAAGUUACAUUUUUAACAUUUUUUUUUUUUUUUUUUUGGUUGUACAAAUAAGGAGCAUUAAUUUAUUGCAGAACUGAAACUUUUUUAGGUUUAACUGCGAUGCCACUGGCUACUUCAUGAUAUGGUUUGCAUUUCUGUCACAAAAACUCAUUUCAUGUUUCUUUGGCCGUACAAAAUCGUAAUAAAUUUUAGAAAUUUUGAAAUGCCAGGUAAAAUUAAUUAGUAUUUUCUGACAGAAAUUCAAACCAUUUCUUGAAGUAGCCAGUGGCAUUGCAGUUUAACCUAAAAAGUUUUAUUAUUUUUUUUUUUCAAUAAAUUAAAUUCUCCUUAUUUGCACAACCCAAAAACAUUAAAAAUGUAACUUUGGCAGCUAAUUAUGCAAAAUUUAUGCACUGUGUAUAUUUUUCAUUUCGUGAAAGUUAUACAAUUGAAAAAGUCUACAAGUUUAUCUGUAAUUACUGUAAAAAUAAAACCUUGACCUGAAAUGGGAGGCACCCCCGUAAGACAACUCUCACUGCUCACUUUUCAGAGUCUCCUUUCAAUUAGCUCCGAGAAAUGACUGGUCGACUGGUGCUUCCACUUGCAGAAAAUUAAUUAAUUUGCAUUAAUGUAUUUAUCAUCAUUAGUGUGAAUUUCCAUCACAUUGUGCCGCUUCUCAUGCAAGACUGUUGCAAAUCGAACAACGAGACUCGCAGUAAACAUUUCUGUGAGCUUCAGAAGUAAUUUAAAGUGCUGUACUUAUGAAAGAAUCAUAUGUAUUUGAUUUACCGUCAUUAUUUCAAUGUUAUUGGCUUUAUCAGAAGAUGAAGUGAGCUUUAUUCACGCAUUAUUGAAAUUAUUUUAUAUUAUAGUAUAAAGCAUUUUAAGUUAGCUGGUGGUUCAUUACAAAAUAAUAUGAUACCGUGAUUUUUUUAGAUUUUUUUUUUAUCAAAAGGUAUACAUAAUAAUUUGUACAGUGCAAAGUAUUAGUUUGACUUUAAUUUUACCUUGUUUCUGUUUUAGUUUAUUCUGCCUCAAAUUUUAGUGGCUACUAUUUUAGUAACUACAGUUAAAGGAGAAUGCAUAAUCGUAGUUCCUGUGGAAAAAAUUAAGAAUAAACUUCAGUGUAGGGUUUUUGAUGGUUUUUUUUUGUUCCAACACUGUGGUCCUAGGAUUGGUCGACAGGCCUGUGACCUUCGGGAAGGAUAGCUGUUUAGUUUAAGUUUCAUCUUGGUGUUUAAAGUUAUGGGAAGCCUACAUACAGUUCACAUAUCCUUUUGUGCACGCCCAAAUACUUACCUUCCUGUAACUUUGAGAAUUAGUUUUUUAAGUUGAAAAAAUGUGCAGGUUAAAAGGAGGACAUAAAAGUAUCAAGAGACGUAUUAAAAAAUACUCAAUAACAUUAAAAAUGAGAAAAAUAUGUUUAUUUGGGAAUUGCAGCGAGUAUCUGUUUUACGUCAUACGAGACCUGUCGCUGCUUGACAGGUUUAUGUUUUAAGGUCCCUGUCAUAAUUGAGGCAAGCUGUUUGCAAGCACAGUAAGGACUUAUGCGGCAUCCACGUUACAGCACAUGCGAAUUAUAAAAUUAUCUUUCAAGUUAAAAAAUCCUGAUAUUGCACAAAGGAAAGUAUUUGGGUGUGUAUUAAAGAUUUGUGAAUCAUAGGUUUCCCCAAAAGUUACUGUGUUUAUUUUUUAUAAUUUUUUUUAAAAUGAAUGGUAAAAAUUUGCUUUAGUUCUGAAUUUUAUUUAUAAUACUAAGAUUAUGAAAUAUUAAAAUAGGAUAAAAAUUUUGGACUACCACAUAGGUACACUACUACUAUGUAAGCCAAAAUAUUAACCUUAUUUUUUUUUGGGGGUGGGGGGGGGGGGUAUGAAGUAAGAUGACUUUGAAACAGAACUAUGUCCUCAUUCCAAAAUAUUGUUACAGUGACGGUUUUAUUGUUCAAAUUUGUCAUUGCAUUUGUAUUUAUUCAGCACAUGCCAAUGGUAAUAGGUAUUUAAUGAGAUAAUACUGCAUCAUGCUAUCCUGUACUACUCAUUUUCCUGCUGAGCCGAUAACCAUUGGCCUCUUUGCCCAAGCAGUAAACACUCAUGCUUGGUGAGUUGUGGCACGUAUAUUAUGCCAUUCAUAGUUUUAUCCUGUUGGUGCUCACAUUUGUACUGGAAUAUUCGAGAGUUUAUUUAUUUUGGAAGUGCUGUCUCCCUCACUGUCUGUGCUCAAGAAACAUUGUGCUCAGUUGAGCAGAAAGAACCCACAGUAACAUACCUUAGUCCAUUGUCAGUACGAACAACCCAUUAGGUUUGUUACUGAGCAUGUAUUACCAGUGCAUUGCCAAUAUUUUUAAUGCUUGUCCAUGUAUAUAUGUAAAAUAAAGAGAAUAGUUUACCUA